AUGCCUCACCAUCCCACCGCGUGCCUCACCAUCUCGUUGCAUGCCUCGCCAUCCCAUUGCGUCCCACCGCGUGCCUCAUCAUCCCAUCGCGUGCCGACACCCGUCCCCUCACCUCACCACCCUGUGGUCCUCUGCCCUCUGCUCUCCCUUCCGGAUCCCUCUGUCGCCACCUCUGCCCCCUGUCGCCUGCACAGCGCAGCUAAGAGGAGCACCAAAAGACAGCCUUGGAUUUCAAAUGCGCAUUCAUGGAGCACUCUCCUGGCCACUUCCAAGUAUUCUCAGGAUUCUCGUUCAGGAUUCUCAGAACCAUCUUUGCCCUCCCGUGCACCCCUGCAGUCUCCUCAGCGCUCACGCCUGUGCUCUACCCCACUGCAGCAGCCCAACUGGGAGGAGCAGCCAAGGGAGGCGCCACCCUGCCAGUCUCCUCCACGUGAGUGCCUGUCUGUCUCCUCCACCAACACUCUCGCGAAGAUCAACUACCUCAUCAUCGUAGUCAACCCCACUCAACCCCUUCGGUUGGUCAAGGUCUCCCUCUCACCCCCCUCCUCCGCCUCUCCCUCCAUCCCCUCCUCCUCCUCCACCUCCCCUCUCUCCCUCGCUUGCACGUGGGUCGCCCCCCUCCCCGCGGUGUGGGUCUGCCGAGGAACAGCCAUGGCGGCUCAGGUCUCCCCAGCAGCCAAGGCGGUGGCAGCGCUGCCAGCACUGCCUGCAGGGGCGAGGAGUGCAUGUGUGGUUGGAGUGAGUGUGGGAGGGGGGGUCGCUGCGACCCAAGCGGCACAAGGGGCGUUGGAGAGGGUGGCGGAACAAGUGCAGUGA